AUGGAGAUAAAACACGUUUUAAAGAUUUUAUACCUUCUUAUGAACAUGGGUGAAGUCAUCACAAAAGAUGGCACUUUGCGAAUGAAUAUAGAAGAAAAAGAAUUGGUAGAAGGCUCAUUUACUUUCAAGAUUAAUUAUGUUGAAAUGCCCUUAGAUAAGAAUAAAAUAAACGAGUAUGAAAUGUAUUUACGUAAUGAGGAAAAUGAAGAUAAAGAAAUAAUUAUCAGUAAUAUUGCAUGA